UUAACAUUUUUGAAAUUUCAAUAUGUGAAAAAGUUUCCUUUAACAGUUUGAAAUCAAAUUUAAAAGUAUCGAAACAGCCGGUUGUAUCAGAUAAAAUUAAAACGCUUCACGGAUAAAAACUUGCAAAAAAUUCUGCAAAAAUUAAAAAAAUAAAAGAGAAGAAGUUUUACCGAAUAUUAAAAUGAAAAAAUUUUGUUGGUUUGUUGUUUUUAUUAGUUUAGUGAUAUCUGUUGCUAGUGAAUGGAAUGAAGAUUGUGAAAAUCCUCCAGACUUAAAUCAAUAUGAUGGUUAUUGCUGUCAUGAAGACAAAUUCAUUGGUAUGGAAGAUAUUGACAAUACGGAAAUAAUUAAAGAAUGUGCUGAAAAAUUUGGUCUUACAGUUAAUAAUAGAAACGAUGUUAUAUUAACAUCGGAAACAUUAGAAGCAAAUCUUUGCUUUUCAGAAUGUGUUUUUGAAGCUAAUAAUUACACUGAAAAUGGAACUUUAAAUUUAGAUUUGAUGAAAAUUGAUGCUAGGACUUAUAAUCAUACAGAAAACUUAAAUAAAUUAGAAAAUAUAUUCAUAAAUGCUAUUGAUUUAUGUGGAAUAAAAGCGGAAGAAAAAGUUACCGAAUUAAAGAAAUUACCAAAUGCUGAAAUAUAUUUUAAAACAAAUUGUUCCCCAACACCAUUAAUAUUUAAUGAAUGUCUUGCGAAAGAAUAUUAUAAAAAUUGUCCGGAGGAAUAUUGGUCAAAAGAUAUUGAAGAUUGUAAAGAUGCAAGAGCAUAUACCAUUAAAUGUCUAGUAUAAAAUUUUAAGUUAAAAUUUCUAUUGUAUUUCAUUUUUGAAAUUAUUUUUAAUUUAGUUGUUUUUUUUUGUAUUAAAGCUGUUG